AUGUUGUGGCAUAAUACUAAUUGUACAGCCACAACCGGAUCAGCACCUCAACUGUUUACUAAUGCACUAAACUUCCUGGCAGCAACACAAUGUUUUAUGCCAGACAAAAUAUGUCCUGACGACACAGUACUUGAUCUGGAGACAUACGAUUUCAUAAUCGUGGGAGGAGGUUCAGCCGGCAGUGUAGUAGCGAAUCGACUCAGCGAAAUAAGCUAUUGGAACAUUUUGCUUCUUGAAGCUGGACCUGAGCCGCCUAUUGAAUCGGAUAUACCUUACCUGGAUAGCACCUUAUAUCAAAGCAAAUACGACUGGCAAUAUGUUACAAAAAGCGAUGGUAUAAGACACCAAGGAUUACAAAAUGGCGCAGUACGCUGGCCACGGGGGAAAAUGCUUGGUGGUUCCAGUUCAAUUAACGCUAUGUUUUAUGUAAGAGGGCAGGACCAUGAUUUUCAGUCAUGGCAUGAUGAAGGAAAUCCAAGCUGGUCACCGGAAAAUGUAAAUUUCUAUUUCAAAAAGGCGGAAAAUUUCCAAGAUAUGAAACUUAACGAAGAUCCUGAUAUAUAUAAGACGUAUGGGCAUGACGGUCCACUUGUAAUUAACACAUUUAAUCAUACUUAUAGCGAAAUAGCUCAGAAUAUUAUAGACUCUUGGGAUUAUAUAGGAAUCAAGAAGGUAUCUGAUAUCAAUGCGGCCAAGUUCCAAGGAUUUGGAUUGUGUGCAAUAUCUAGGGCAACUGCAACAAAUGGGCAAAGACAAAGCACUUACAGAGCUUACCUGAAUUCAGCAAGCAAUAGACAGAAUCUGAAAAUUGUUACAAAUGCUUUCGUGACAAAAAUAUUAAUAGAUGAUAAUGCACGAGCCUACGGUGUAGAGGUUGAUGUAAAUGGAAAACGAAAGAGGAUUUUUGCAGAUCUGGAAGUUAUUCUUAGUGCAGGUUCUAUAAACACUCCACAACUAUUAAUGCUAUCCGGUGUAGGUCCUGCAGAACACCUUUUUUCAAAAAAUAUUCCGUGUAAAGUCGAUUUACCAGGUGUUGGUAAAAAUUUACAAGAUCAUACGUAUCUUCCAAUACCAGUCUAUGCCGAUGGACCAGGGCCAGAAAAUACAGCUGAACAAAUGUUUAACAUUUUGAAAUACCUAUACGAUAAAACCGGACAUUUAGCACAUGAGAGUAUAAUGAAUUUAGGCGCUUUCUUUUCACGAUACAAAGAUAUGCCUUAUCCAGAGUUUCAAAGCCAUAUUCUGAUAUUUCCACAAAACUCAUCUACCGCACGGCCGUAUCUCAACACGUUUACAGAAGAAGUAGUAGAUUCUUUCACGCGAUACCAUUCGAAAAAAGCGUUAUACAUUGUGGCGUUACAUAUUUUACAUCCUUAUUCAAGGGGCACUAUUUAUUUAAAUACGUCAUAUCCAUACGAUUAUCCAAUUAUCGAUGCAAAUUAUUACGGUGACAACAGGGAUCUACAAGCAUCAGUCGAUGGUAUACAGAUAUUGACUAAUUUACUAAAUACUCCCUAUUUCAAAUCUAUUAACGCCUUUAUUCCUAGAAUAAACUUGCCACCAUGUAACGAAUACGAAUUUUUAAGUGACCUUUAUUGGAAAUGUUACUCAGUUCACAUGACUCAAUCAGUGUAUCACCCAACAAGCACAGCAAAGAUGGGUCCAGACCCCAAUGAUUCAGUGGUUAAUAACUUUUUAAAAGUUCAUGGGGUACAAAGUUUACGAGUUAUAGAUGCUAGUGUAAUGCCCUUAGAAACUAGUGGUAAUACUAAUGCACCCACGAUAAUGAUCGGAGAAAUGGGAUCCGACAUGAUUAAGACUGAGUAUCUAAUUAAAUAA